AUGGUUGGUUUUGACAUGUCUAUCGUUGGCCCAUUGUUAUCACUCCCAAUGUUCGCGGAGAAGUAUCAAGGCAACCCUGGCCCCUUGACUGGGAAGGGUGUGCUAAUUCCACUUCAGACCAAGAAUCUCAACUUGAUCGUCACUGUGCCUAUUGUAGGGGCUAUCAUUGCAAGUUUCGGUGCGCCACCCAUGCAGAAAGCCGUUGGGCGAAGGAAGACGCUGCUGUGGGCACAGUUUUGUGUUUGCCUACCGAGUGCAUUGUUACAACUAUUUGCGCCCAACUUGGGAGUCCUCGUCGCUGGUCGUGUGAUUCACUACGUUGGGUUGGGAUUCGCAGCCAACACCGGACCGUUGUACCUUUCUGAGAUUGCGCCUGCUCAUGUUCGUGGCCGUCUCAUUGGGUUCUGCUCAGUCAUGUACAUGGCGUCCGGAAUACUGGGUAGUACAGUGGUUUGGGGGUGCGAAAAGCUCAGCACCAAUCUCGAAUUUCAAAUCCCGCUGGGGAUUCAAGCCGGGCUCAGUGUUUUCUUUGGGUUACUGACAGUUCCGCUUUUCGAAUCUCCACAAUGGCACGCCUUGCGAGGCGACUACCAUAUUUCAGAAUCCAUUUUAUAUCAGAUACGGGGAACAAACAAAGUUCUCGCCAUGGCAGAGGUGGACGACUACCGGAGGGCAUUCGCAAAGACAGCAUCAAACCCCUCAAACGGCACACUCUUUGAUAUCGUCUCGCGUGAGAAUAUUAAACGGACUCUCAUUAGCGGCGCAUAUAUCAGCUUCGAACAGGUCUCUGGAUUAGUGAUGAUCGGGGCAUUUUCAACUGUAACUUUAACCCAGGCUGGAGUCGGCGACGUCUUCAAAGUCACAAUCUUCAUUAAUUGUCUAAUGUUCGCAGGUCAGCUGGUGGGACCAUAUCUUGUCGACACAAUGGGUCGCAGACCGGUGGCAUUGACGUUUUUGCCUAUCAUUGCGGGCCUGAACAUGGCAGCUGCGAGCCUCGCCAUGGCGGGCCUGGAGAAGAACUCGAUGCGCUCAAAAGCGGUGGCAGGCGUGUUCAUAUGCCUUGGCUUCUUUAUCACUGUCGCUUACGGCUCCUUAAGUUGGGUGAUCCAAACCGAGAUAGCUGUACUCCACCUGCGGGAAAAGUCUGUCGGAUGGAGUCAGUUCUGGUCAUAUAUCGCCGCGAUUGUGACGAGUUUCGUGGUCCCUCGGCUUGCCAAUCCGGACGGAUUGAAUCUGGGCGCUCGUGUCGCUUACAUCUUCGCAGGCACGAACACCGUGGCAUUGAUUUUCACUUACUUCUGUCUACCAGAGACGAAGGGACGAACCUUUGCAGAAAUCCAAGCGAUGUAUGAUAACGAUGUGUGUGGAGUACGCCUGUCUAAAACACCUCGUCUGUCAACAAGCACCGCCUCUCGAGAAUGCAGUGAUGGUAGAUUACGAUCAUGA